AGAAACCAACGGAAACGGAUAGUUCGGAAGAUAGAUUGCUGCUGCCUGCAUUCCACGAAGACUCUUCAAAAAUAUGUGAAGUGAACACUGAAGAACUUUUUCGAAUGGAAGAGAACCGGCUUGAAGAAGAAAGCGAUUAUUACAGCCCGGACGAUGGUGAAUCAAGCGAGGAUGAAGACUCCACUUGCUCUGACACUUUGGUCGAAUUUCUUCGGAACUGGAGUAUCGAGUACAAUGUCCCGCAUCGAACUCUGAAGCCACUGCUAACCAGGCUCAACUCUCAAGACUUUUCCAUUCCAAAAGAUCCACGAAAACUUCUCUCGACGACCAGAUUUGAAGCCGAUAUUUAUGAUAUUCAAGGAGGAAAGUACUGGCAUAACGGAAUAGGAGUUUGUUUGCAAUCAUCAUUCGGCAAUUUGAACAAAAAUCGAACUAUAGACAUCAAUGUCAAUAUCGAUGGAUUACCCUUAUAUAACAAUGGAACAGAGCAAGUAUGGCCAAUUCUGUUUAAUGUUGCCCAUCAUCCGGAAAUUUCACCUAUGGUCAUAGGAAUUUACGAAGGGAAAACAAAACCUGGCAAUAUAGAAGAGUUUUUAGAACCUUUUGUUGAAGAGGCGGUUCAAAUUUUGAAAAACGGAAUCAUCAUCAACAAUUUCCUCUUAGAGGUUCGGAUUCGAGCUUUUAUUUGCGAUUCUCCUGCUCGUGCGUUUGUUAAAGGUGUUGUCAACUUCAAUUCAAAGUAUGGAUGCUUGAAAUGUUGUACCAUCGGUGAAUAUUCCACUUCCAUGAGAACCAAUGUUUUCCCCCAAACAUUUGCACCACAACGCACAGAUAAGGAUUUCCGAGAUGGAUUGUACGAAGAGCAUUACCAAAAGAAACGAAUAGCAGGAAGCAAUCAAACAGUAAAAAUCUCCUCACCAAUUUUAAAAUUGCCUAUUGAUAUGAUCGAAGAUUUCAUCGUGGCUGAUUCGUUACACCUUUUGCAUUUAGGGGUAAUGAAAAAACUGCUUAAAAAUUACACGGUUGGUAAUAAUGGAAAAAGAUGGAAUUCCUACGAAAAAAGCAUGAUAUCAUCGAAGCUCAAUUGUAUCAGACUACCAAUCGAAAUACAUCGUGCAGUUCGCAGCAUAGAGAGUUUGUCUCACUGGAAGGCAACUGAAUGUGCCACAUUUCUGCAUUAUGUUGGAAUUAGUCUGUUGGAUCAAUCGUUAGAUUCAGAUCACUUUGAAAACUUCCUUUGUUUAUUUUGUGCAACUACAAUUUGUUCAAGUGAUAACUACCACGAUCUGUUAGGUGUAGCUCAAACGAUGUUCGAAAAAUUCAUAAUCAAUUAUGAGUCAUUUUUUGGGUCAAUAACUAGCAAUUUGCAUAAUUUAGUACACGUCGUUGAAGAAGUUAAAAGGUUUGGAUCACUUCCCUCGAUUUCCUCAUAUCCUUUUGAAAAUUACUUGUACAAAAUCAAACAAAUGGUACGAUCUGGGAAGCUGCCUUUAAAUCAAAUUAUAAAUCGACUAUCAGAGCGAAAUUCUUUAAAAUCUUCUUCAAAAAUUUCUCAAGAGCAGUAUCCGAUGCUUAGUUGUUUCGAUGCAAAAUCAGUAUACUACGAACGAGUCAAAUUAGCAACCGGUUUUACAUUACGCAACAGGCUCAAAACGGUAUUUUCCUGUAAUUUGCAGGGAGUUUUGCAAAAUUCCUGCUAG